UUUCUGCCUUUACGUCUGUUUCUCUUUCAUUCACACUUGAAUGCGUUCCUUUGUCUCCUCCUUCCUCCCAUAAAAGCAGAGCAGAGCAGGAAAUGCUUGCACUAAUUGAUGUCCCCGUCGUUUCCUAUCCUGCGAUUGCAGCUGUUGGUCGUGUCUGCGCUCUCUCCUGCUGCAGCUGGAUGCAGCAGCGGAAGUGGGCUCCGGGGGGAACGACCUCCACUCUGUAAACAGGACUCAUCGCUCACGCACCGGCUUCAGCCACUGGGCGUGAAGCACGAGCAGAACUCAGUCCAGUCUGCGUUCGGUUCCGUCCUGCUCGGACUGAAGCCCGAAGGCUGCCGUGAAGCUCACCCCUCAGGGAUCCGAUUCAAGGCGUAACUGUCACCAGAUGUGCUCCUCAUCUGAGCCGACUCGUCCAAGUCCGCACUUGUGAGGAGCUGCUGACUCAGGAUCCUGUGUGCUUCGUCCUCCGGCUCCUCAGCGGAACCAGGCGCAGCGAUGCUGGCGUUGCUCCUCAUCCUGUCCGUCGCCCCCCUCGCGGCCCUCCUGCCUCCCCCCGGGGCUCCUCUCCCCUGCGGACGCUGCUGUGACGACCUGACGCCAGCAGAGGGCAGCGGAGCCCAGCCACCUACAGACGGCUUCAGCCGCGUGCCAGAGGUCCGCACCUACAUCAACAUGACCAUCCUCAAAGGUGACAAGGGAGACCGCGGAGAGAGAGGCACGCCGGGUAAAGCUGGGCACGAGGGGCCUCCGGGGGCCAGGGGUCCCGUGGGGUCAAAGGGCAGCAAGGGCCAGGCGGGGCCUCCCGGUGACCCCUGCAAACGGCACUACGCCGCCUUCUCCGUGGGCCGGCGCAAGCCGCUGCACAGCCUGGAGUCCUACCAGGGGCUGCUGUUCGACACGGUCUUCGUGAACCUGGACGGACACCUGGACAUGUUCACGGGCCGGUUCCUGUGCCGCGUGCCCGGCGUCUACUUCUUCAACGUCAACAUCCACACGUGGAACUUCAAGGAGACGUACCUGCACAUCAUGCGCAACGACACGGAGCAGGCCAUCGUGUACGCGCAGCCCAGCGAGCGCUCCAUCAUGCAGAGCCAGAGCCUGAUGCUGCAGCUGCAGCUGCGCGACGAGGUGUGGGUGCGUCUGUACAAGAGGGAGCGGGAGAACGCGGUGUACGGCGACGACGCCGACGUCUACAUCACGUUCAGCGGGUACCUGGUCCACGCCAGCGCCGACUAGGGCGGGGAGGGCACCGCACCCACAGAUGGGAAGAGUCGGUCAGAGAGUAAAAUGUGUUGGUUGGACGUUAGAAAACACUAAACGGACUGAAGGAGAGUCGUGUAAUAGAGGCAAAACUCCAUCUUAGGCACAAAUAAAUGAUACAUGAUCAGUGGUCCUGCUCCUUGAUGCAGGCUGUAACACGUGGUGCUGGUGGUACUGGUGGUACUGGUGCUGCUGGUGCUGGUGGUACUGGUCACUGGAGCCGUGGUGCUAACAAAUCCUUUCCUUCUCUGCUUCAACAUUCUGUUCGUUGGUUUGACCCUCGGUGCUGAUUCUCUUCCUCCGUCCUCUCUUAUUUUCCAUCGUCCUCUUGCUUCUUCCAGAAUAAUCAUCACUUUUUUAAAUUAGUUGCAACAGAGCAUGACUGAACUGAAACUGUAUUAAAAUGAUCCUCAAACA